UGUUCGUGCUGACACGUUCAAUUACUCAGCGAAACAUUAUUCAACUGGUUGAUAUUUUGUGUAUUUUCUGUGGAGCUGACCGGAAUAAAUGUUAUGAAUCUUAAUUUGAUAUAUGUUUUUUUUUUCGUAAAGAUAGCAUAGAGAUUUAAAUGUAUAUUCCGUUCGCCGACUUCGUGUUUUAAUAUAUAAUUAAAAUGUGAAAAAUCACUCUGGAUAUAUAAAAAUGGACCCAGUGAAAAUAGCGGUUUUAAUAUUUUCCCUUUUGCUGGGAGCGGAGCACGGAGGAUGUCGAGGUCUUCAUCCCGACGGCAAACACUGGAUUCGUAUCCGAACUCGCCUGAUGCAUCCGACUAACUUCGUCGGCGUUCGAAUAAACGCACAUGGCGAGCGCGAAACGCGAAUCGCCUGCAAUAAUACGCUGUAUUUGGAGACGUUUCUCCAUAGCGGCUACUCGCCGGACUAUGACAUGACGUUACGUCAGGUGACCGACGGCCGGAAGAUACUUCAGGCGGUGUUUCAGGGAGGCAGGUUGAAAGAGUGCGAUCUUUCGUCAGACUCAAAUCAGAUGUUGGAUUUUAUAUCAUCUUUUAUUAUAGGUGAUAGAGAAAUAUAUAGGGAAGACUUCGGGGACGUGUUUGUAUCUACGUCACUCACAAACUAUACAACCCACAAUGUGUCGCUUGCGCAUUUGACGUUCAAAGAAGCAACAGAACUGAGAGAGCUCAAAGAUUACGUAAAUAUGAAAACCUUACGGAAAGAAUGUCGCAUUUUUUUGGACCAUGCCAGCGCGACAGCGGAACAGGAAGCGAAAUCCGGAAACAUCACCGACAUUUAUGCAGAUAUUAUCGAGACACUCGAUCCUGAAAAAAUGAAGAGCUACAAUUCCAUUCUUCCCGCGCCGAAGAAAAUAACACAAUCAAAACACCAAGACCACAACAUCUCGAAACGGUCUUCAGCCGUGCCGGUUAAGAAGAAUCAGCGUUCGAAACGCGGCGCGUUCGAUUUCAGCAGCGUUCUGAUCUUUCCUGGCACGAAAUGGUGCGGCAAGGGCGACCUGGCGCAGUGCUUUGAUGAUCUGGGGGACGAUCAUGAGCUGGACAUGUGCUGCCGCGACCACGACUGCUGUCCCUUGGUCAUCCCGCCGUUCACUUCACGUCACAACCUCUUCAACUACCGCUUUCAUAGCUUGCUGCAUUGCGAAUGCGAUCAGCGGUUUCGUGGAUGUCUACGUCAGUCCAUGUCCUCGAUGGCAAACAUGAUCGGCAAGAUCUACUUCAACAUUCUGGGCAGCAAGUGUUUCACGUUCUCCGAGGAGGAGGUGUGCGUUGAGCGGUCCUGGUGGGGCCGAUGUCUGCGGUAUGAGUCACAGCAGACCGCCCUGCUGGAGAGCCAGGUGGCCUUUAACGAGGAGCAUGCCUUAGAAAACGUUGCCAUUGAUAAUAAAAGAAGGCGAAAAUAAAUGGAAUUUCGGUAUAUUUGUUAUAUAUGAAAGGGCGUUUAGAUAAUGUUAUUUGAGACAUGGCGAUGUUGCAAAUGAAAUGGAUGACUGUUUUCAAGUACGAGUAAAGGACAAUACGGGAGAUUCAAGUGCAGGUUGUUCGAAUAUCGGGGGAUUGCAAUGACAUAUUGUUUGACAUAGUUAAUAAUGGAAAUAGUUCAGGAAUACACACGUCAUUUGGAUUCUAGUUGCAAUGGAAAUAUAGGAAGAUGACAUAAUGCAUUAAUUCUGAAAAGAAAACGACGUUUGUCUUGCUACGAAUUUCUAGCUUCAAAAUGGAUUUUACAUCCAUGGAAUACAUUUGGAAUGUGUUGUUAUGUCUCGCAAUGAUUGUAUCGCAGACGCUGUGUAUGAAGUUCUACUUUAGUCGUGCACUGAUUUUAUUGCAGACGCUGUGUAUGAAGUUCUACUCUAACUGUUCUGAGUCAGACAGUGAGGUGAUUAGUAAGUUGUUCAAGUAUUUAUUUUAUACGAUGGAAUGUUAUUGCAGAAUGUAUGUCGUUUAAGUGCUACUUGUAACACACAUGUUGAUACUAAGAAGCAAUAGAUAGGAAUAAUACAAAUGAUGCCAAAUAAAUAUAAAUAGACAUUUACUAAGGAACAAUACGACUAUACUGCUGCUAUAUGUAAUAGGUAUAAGAAAUUGACAAUAUGCCUAUGUAUGUAGGACAACGGUUAAGCGAUUAACUGCCCGUGAAGAAUUAUUGAAAAGAUAUGAGGCCGCAAUGUCUACAUAAGUCUUGAAACGUGGCCUUAAAACAAUACGUAUAAUAUAUGCAAUACAAAUUAGAUAUCUCCAACGCCAAAUGCAUACCCUCAAAACACUCAAACCUACUAGCUGUAUGAAGUACAAAAUAAUUGUUCCUAGAAGAUUUUAUGUACAUAGAUUUAUAAUUUAGCAAAUGUUAGUCAAGUUUUUUUGUUUAAAUUGUAUUUGUUACGAAUACGAUACUAAGUCUGUGGCUUUUCGGAUUAUGUUUAAUGUGUAAUAUAUAAAUAUCAAAGGAUGAAAAUUGUGCACACUCAUGGUAGUGUAAAUAUUAACAAUUUUCUAAUUUCUACUUUUCCUUUAUAAACCCAUAUAUACCAAGCUUCUAGAAAUAAGGCUUUGGCAAAUGCAAAUGCGGCGUCUCUUCAGGGUCUGCGCUGUUUGCCUAAAGGAAUUUCUGUAAGAAAUAUUCUAAAUAUAGACACAAAUAUACUUUACAUCCCUAAUUUUGGAAAUAAAUUGAUCCAAUUUAGAAGGAUGGGAGAGUCUACUAGGCAAAAUAGGUUAAUGUGUUUCAUGCGCCUGAUUCUGCAAAAUUCUACAAAACAUAAUAUAUUCAUUGGUUACACGAAGAAAAUAAGCACGUUUUCGCACACACUUCUACAUAAUGUUAUUGAAGUCGACAUUUAAACACUCCAACGCAAACAUUACUGAAAUGAAAUGUGUUUUUUGCAGGGAAACUGUAGUAAAAUAUAGAUAUUCAUGUUUUGCAUUUGUUGUUUUUGUAAGAAUUUGUAGUUUAAAUGUAUGUGUUUUAUUUAUUAAUUUUACUGAUUUGUUAUGUAUUGAACGGGUACUUAUUAUGUUUGAAUGUAAUAUCAUUAUAGUGAAUAAAAUGUUUGUAUCAGA